UGGCUGGGGCGCGUCAGCUGGGCCCCCGGUCACCUGACUGCCUCUCCAGGCGCAGAGAAAGCAGCAGCCCUGGACAGGCAGCAUCAUGGUUGGGCGGCUGCUGGGCUCUGCUGCCGCCACCCUCCUGCUGGUGGGGGUCCUGGCGGGGUGCCCGGCUCUGGCCCUCCAGGGCGGGAUGCUCUAUCCCCGGGAAUCGCCCUCCCGGGAGCUGAAGGACCUCGGCGGGCUCUGGAGCUUCCGGGCAGACCGCUCCGUGGGGAGGGACGCGGGGUUCCGGGAGCAGUGGUUCAAGCAGCCCCUCCGGCAGUCUGGGCCGGUGAUGGACAUGCCGGUCCCUGCCAGCUUCAACGAGAUCACUCAGGACCCCAGCUUGCGGCGAUUUGUCGGCUGGGUUUGGUACGAGAAGGAGGUGUUUCCGCCUGCCCGCUGGAUCCUGAACGAAGCCGGGACACGUGUGGUGCUCCGGAUUGGCAGUGCACAUUACUAUUCUAUCGUGUGGGUCAACGGGGUGCAGGUGACCGAGCACGAAGGGGGCCACCUACCGUUUGAAGCGGAGAUCAGCCGCCUCCUUCAGGAUGCUCCUGGUGAACCCUGCCGCAUCACUAUCGCUGUCAACAACACCCUGACUCCCCAAACGCUGCCUCCGGGGACCGUUCAGUUUUUCAAGGAUGAGUCCAUGUACCCCAAGGGCUACUUCGUCCAAAACACGCGGUUUGAUUUUUUCAACUACGCUGGGAUCCACCGCCCUGUCGUGCUGUACACCACCCCCUCCGCGUAUAUUGAUGACAUCACGGUGACCACCGAGGUGGCAGGAAACAUCGGUUUGGUCCAGUAUCUGAUCUCGGUCCGUGGGAGCCCUCGGUACUCCUUGGUCCUGACCCUCCGCAACCGGGACGGCGUCGCGGUGGCGAUGGGGCAGGGGUCAGCCGGAGAGCUGAAGGUGUCGGAGCCUGCCCUUUGGUGGCCCUACCUGAUGAAUGAGCAGCCUGGAUACCUGUACUCCUUGGAGGUGGUGCUGUCUGCCGAGGCGGGUGGCGACAUCUCCGAAGACAGGUACACGCAGCCGGUGGGCAUCCGCACGGUGCACGUCACCAGCACCCAGUUCCUCAUCAACGGAAAGCCGUUCUACUUCCAUGGCGUCAACAAGCACGAAGACGCGGACAUCCGCGGCAAAGGGCUGGACUGGUCCCUGGUGGUGAAGGAUUUCAACCUCCUGCGCUGGUUGGGCGCCAACUCCUUCCGCACCAGCCACUACCCCUAUGCCGAAGAGAUCAUGGAGCUCUGCGACGCCUACGGCAUUGUCGUCAUCGAUGAGUGCCCCGGAGUGGGCAUGAGAGACGUUGCCAACUUUGGAAACAAAUCUCUACAGCACCACCUGGUGGUGAUGGAGGAGCUGAUCCGCCGGGACAAGAACCGCCCCUCGGUCGUGAUGUGGUCCGUGGCCAACGAACCAGCCUCGGAGCUUGCCCUGGCCGCCUACUACUUUAAGACAGUGAUCGCUCACACCAAAUCCAUAGACCCCACCCGGCCUGUGACGUUUGUCUCAAACGCCAACUACGCGCAGGAUAAAGGAGCACCUUAUGUGGACGUCAUCUGCGUGAACAGCUACUUCUCCUGGUACCAUGACCCUGGGCACCUGGAGGUGAUCAGGCUUCAACUGAACUCGCAGUUUGAGAACUGGUAUCGGACUCACCAGAAGCCCAUUAUCCAGAGCGAAUACGGAGCAGAUGCCGUCGCUGGCCUCCACACCGACCCACCUCUUAUGUUCUCUGAGGAGUACCAGACGGCAUUGCUGAAGGAGUAUCAUGCAGUCUUGGAUCAAAAGAGGAAGGAGUACGUGAUUGGGGAGCUCAUUUGGAACUUUGCCGAUUUUAUGACAGAACAAGGAACGACACGCGUCGUGGGGAACAAGAAGGGGAUUUUUACCCGCCAACGGCAACCCAAAGCAGCCGCUUUUCUUCUGAAAGAGAGAUACUGGAAGCUCGCCAACGAAUCCAGAUGUUUCACGUCACUGAAAUAUGAGGAUGUCUGUUUACCAUAAGCACAAGCCUUCAAGAGCCUUAGAUCACUUUAAAAAUUAUAACUUGAGAACUGCAGGAAGGAUACAUUCAACACGUGCUUUGGAGGCAAAUCCAGAUAGGGACUGUAGGUGCUUACAAAAAAGGUUGUUCUAGGGGGAAAAGCAAACAGAACGUGUAUUUCAGUUGUAAAAGUCAAAUCAAGGCGCAAGGUUGAUUCCAGUAACUGGACCAAAAGUGAUUCUUGCAUUCCAAGGAGCCAAAGAAAAUGCAUGACAAAGAUGGUUUGAAAAGUUUGCAGAUCUUGGUGGGCCCAUUUCUCAUCUCUCCCAAGAAAAUCUGAUUGGCCUCCUGAAGUGAAUAUUGCUUGACACGGUUUAUUCUAAGCCUGUGCAACCCCCUCAAAUCAUAUCGGACAUGAUUAUCCCAAAAUUAAUGGAAUUGACACCCGAUUUUUAAUAUAGUGUAGUUGAAUUGUGCAGCCACCGAAGAGCGCAGCGGGGAAAUGAUGUGUGGACUGUUCCCACUGGAUAUCGCAUUGGAGGCAAGACCUCACUCUCAUUCUACUCCCAUAAACACUUGCGUGGGCCAAUGAAACUGCCAAAGACAUCCACAGAUCAUUUCUACAUUUAUUUUUAUACCAAAAAAGUUAUGUGCAACAAAUAAACAUUCUUACAGUA